CGUAGUAACAAAUAUCAGCUGAUACUUGCACAAGCGGCACGCUACCUGAACCGGUCAGGUAUCCAUCAGUCGUGAGAACAUCGCAAUAUCUUCUAGAAAAUCUCAAGUGACCUAGCAUACUUCUAUGCAACUCUUUUCUUUUGUUUCCAACAAAUCCAAAGUUAUAGUCUCGAUCGGCGCAGUUUAAGAUCACAGGCGAGCGCACAAGUAGCUAACGCGGAAGCUAACAUCAACGUCACUAGAAACGAAACCGCAAAUUUCACUCCAAAUCCAGUGUGGGUCUUUUUAGUAGUGGACGGGAUCAACAGCAUCAUGAACGUCGCCAAAAGUGGUUAUCGUGUUUUCUCGGCAAAUUCCUCCGUAGCAUGCACAGAACUGGCGAAGAAGAUAACGGAACGACUGGGUGUUGAGCUGGGAAAGUCGGUUGUCUUUCAAGAGUCUAAUAGUGAAACAAGAGUGGAUGUAAAAGAAUCUGUUCGUGGACAAACAAUCUUCAUAAUCCAGACCAUACCACGAGAUGUCAACACGGCAAUCAUGGAGCUGCUGGUUAUGGCCUACGCCCUCAAGACCUCUUGUGCAAAAAACAUCAUCGGGGUUAUUCCAUACUUCCCCUACAGCAAACAGUGCAAGAUGAGGAAGAGGGGCUCCAUCGUAUGUAAGCUGUUAGCGUCCAUGUUGGCAAAAGCAGGUCUUACACACAUUAUCACAAUGGACUUGCAUCAAAAAGAGAUCCAAGGUUUCUUUUCCUUUCCCGUGGACAAUUUGCGGGCUUCCCCAUUCUUGAUCCAGUAUAUCCAAGAGGAGAUUCCAGAUUACAGGAAUGCCAUCAUCGUGGCCAAAUCUCCAGCAGCAGCCAAGAGAGCUCAGUCCUACGCGGAACGCCUGCGUUUGGGUCUGGCCGUGAUUCAUGGCGAGGCUCAGUGUUCGGAGUCGGACAUGGCUGACGGAAGGCAUUCGCCGCCAUGUGUUCGAAACACCACGGGACACACGGGAUUAGAGCUGCCUUCAGGCAAACAACAAGCUCCGUUCCCUGGCAUAGAGCUUCCAAUGAUGAUGGCCAAGGAGAAGCCUCCCAUUACUGUUGUUGGGGACGUGGGGGGAAGAAUUGCCAUCAUUGUGGAUGACAUCAUCGACGACGUAGGAGAUUUUUUGGCAGCCGCUGAGAUCCUGAAAGAAAGAGGCGCCUACAAAAUUUACAUCAUGGCCACACAUGGAUUACUCUCUGCCGAUGCUCCACGUCUCAUAGAAGAGUCGGCUAUUGAUGAGGUGGUGGUGACCAACACAGUCCCGCAUGAAGUGCAGAAGCUUCAGUGUCCCAAAAUCAAAACGGUGGACGUCAGUAUGAUCCUGGCUGAGGCCAUCCGGCGUAUCCAUAACGGCGAGUCCAUGGCUUACUUAUUCCGCAACAUUGCUGUGGACGACUAAACCAGAAAGGUGGGUCAGAUGGUGACUGAAGGAAGGUUUGGACUUUUCCCACCUACUUCUAACAUAUUGUAAUGAUGUUUUAAAACAAAACAAGAAACGAAACAUAGAUGCAUCAAAUAUGUCGAAGUCAUUGUCCAUUUCUACGCAAGUGUUUUUUCCCCUUUUGACUGCCAAAAAAAAAAAUCUUCAACCACACCAAUAGUGUUUACAAAAUGAGUGAAGUGAUAGAAUUAUUUUCUUUUUAAAUCUUAAUUCUGUCUAGUUUUUGAACGCUUUCUUAAAUCAUCAUAUUGUAUAGAACUCUAGAUGAUUUAUCAUUGCCUUAAAAAAAAAAUGCUUAAAAAAAACUACUGAUGUACUUAAUGACUGAGACGCAUCUUCUUGCUGGCUUUUGCAGUCUGAGCUGCGUUGCACUAUGAUUAGCAGGCAUUUAAUUUGGGGCGAGAGGUUUUCAGCCAGACAAAGUCCUCAUUGCGACUAAAUUUAGAGCUUUUUUUGUUGUUCAUUCAUUAGCGACAGUGAUGUCAUUCACAUUGCUAUUUUUUUGUGUUAGCCAUUUAGCUUAGCUUUACUUUCCAAAGGCUAUUUUCACAAGUCAGUAUGUUUUGUCUAGGUACACACACUUAUUGAAAGUGUUUUAAAUAUUGAUUCAUUGCCGAAGUAUGAACUUAAAAUACUUUUGGUACCUUAUUUUGAUGAAAUACCCAAAGGCAAUAGCGAUGCAAUAUGUCAACUGUUAAACGUGUUAGCAAUCUAAUAUUACUGUUAGCAGGCAUCUUUUCUUGAACAAAAAUCAAAUUUAGCUACCCAAUUGACUUUUAAUCUUCCUACAUUGAGUCUCAAUUGUGAUGACAGAAAAUGACAAUACUGAAUCUAAUUAGUUCUAUUUCAACUUGUGUAUUUCCAUAAGUAUGAUUUUGUUUACAUGUCAUGAAAAUGAAAACACAACCACCGCCUGGACUUAAAUUGAUAACCGAAAAAGUGAUUGCUGUUGGCAAUAAUGCAAAUAUAAUUACAGUCUCAGUGUACGCAUAAGUUGACUUAUGUAUGUUUUGAACAUGUGCACUUUUUGAGCGUUAGAAAUAUUGCUUAGUCUACUCUGUAUGUCAUUAUAGCUCUCUGCUCAGGGACAUACUUUAUGAGACAAUGCAAAAAUAUUUUCCAUGUUCCUGAUGUUGGUUUAAUGGGGGGGGGGGGGGGGGUUGCUUUUUUUUUUUUGCCAUUUUGUUUCCAAUGUAUUAUUUCUCCUAAACUGUACUGUAAAUGCUCGCAUGUGCUGAUUUGCAAGCAGGCAGUUGCUGUAACUUAAUGAUGUCUUCCCGUUUUCCUUUAUCCACUUCCCAAAUGAAUGUUUGUCAUUGUCCGUUAAAUAAAAGAAACAAUUGCCAUACUGAUCUAAAAAA